GCCGGGCCGGGGAACGGAAGCGGGAGCCGGGGGGGCGUGUUUUGUAGAGAACGCAUCAUCCGCCCGUGUUCCCAGUGUUGUUUGUUUCUCGGAGAUGUUCCCGAGGGUCUCGGCGGUCGUUCCUUUUCGCCCCCUUUCCCGGCUACCUCUGUGCUCUGCAGGCCCGGAGGCAGCGGCGGCCACCGUUGUGCCCCUCGCUUCUCCGCACGGAACUGUCAGGACAAAAAGUAAUAUCCAAAGAUAUUUUGGCACUAACAGCGUGAUCUACAGCAAGAAAGGUGAUAAGUCUGUUCCAAACUGUGAAAUUUCCAAGGAAACGGAGAACCAACAGAGUAUAAAGGAGAAUAAGAAAAAAGACUUGGUAAAUAUUAUUAAGGGCAUGAAAGUUGAAUUAAGCACAGUAAAUGUACAAACAACAAAGCCACCCAACAGAGGACAGCUUAAAAGUUUGGAAGCUGCAAUUGGCAGACUUCAAAAAUCUCCAAAAGAUGCCCCCCAAAAGAGCAAGUCCCUGAGCCCGGAGUUGGUGGCGGCUGCGGCUGCAGUUGCUGACUCUCUCCCUUUUGACAAGCAGACGACCAAGUCGGAGCUGCUCAGGCAGCUCCGGCAGCACGAGGAAGACUGGAAGGCUCAGAAGGAUGGAGAGAAACCCAAAAUUAGUUUCAGUAACAUCAUAUCAGAUAUGAAAGUUGCCAGAUCCUCCACAGCGAGAGCUAGCACACGACCAGUGCACCAGAUUCAGUUUGACGAAGGGGCUGAUGAUUUUGUUGACCGAGAGAAGACGGCUGAUCUGAGAAAAAGUUUUAGGAAAAAUAUAUACAAGGGGAAGAGACUUAAUAUUUUUGAGCUUAAGGCAGUUACUGAAGAGGCACCUGAAACAGAGGCAGCACCUUCUCUUUGGGAUGUAGAAUUUGCUAAGCAGUUAGCAGCAGUCACUGAACAGCCCUUUGAGAAUGGUUUUGAAGAGAUGAUCCAGUGGACAAAAGAGGGGAAAUUGUGGGAGUUCCCAAUUAACAAUGAAGCAGGUUUUGAUGAUGAUGGUUCAGAAUUUCAUGAACAUAUAUUUCUGGAUAAAUAUCUGGAGGGUUUUCCAAAACAAGGACCAAUUCGCCACUUCAUGGAGCUGGUGACCUGUGGCCUUUCCAAAAACCCAUAUCUGAGUGUUAAACAGAAGGUUGAACAUAUAGAGUGGUUUAGAAAUUAUUUUAAUGAAAAACAGGACAUUCUAAAAGAAAGUGGCAUACACUUUAGUUGAAGACCAUGGAAAUUUUUCUUUCAAGCUGUUGGAGAUUCAUAUUAUAACUAAAUAAAAUAAUUUUACUAGAA